CCCCUCAGUUGUCAAGAGGAGAAAAGGGGUGUAGGAUGCUGUGGAUCAGAGGAUACCUAGGUAAAUACCGCAAUCGACCUCGGGAAGGAUAAGAAGCUCGAGGUGUUAGGUGAUCCACCAGAAGUUCUUUCCGGAAACAGUUAAAGCUAGCGCUAAAUUGGAAAAAGCCCCGCACGUGAAGAUUGAGCCUCUCCUUCGCUUAUGACUUCACCAGAAACAACCACCUGAGCUGGAUUUGCGAAUGACCGAUGAAAAGAGGAGGAUCAGCAUCGAGGGAUGGUUGAUACAACUCCUGGUUCGCAGGCGCACUCGCCGAAUAUGGCGGGAAAGGGUGCUGGAGGGCGACAGCGCACGAUACAGAGUUGCUUGACCUGCCGACGUCGCAAAGUCAAAUGCGACCAUGAACAUCCCAUUUGCGGAGCUUGCACGCGCGGAAACCAUAUCUGCACUUGGUCAGAUCAUUUGCAGGAGCAGACUUCGGCCGGAAGGAUCACCAAACCAUCAACAUCAGGAGGCGGAAGAAUUGCCAAGAGUAGCGAUGUUCAAUCACGUCUUGAGCGACUUGAACUAUUGCUCGAAAAAGCGGUUUCAGGGCAAGGCGGCAAACCGUCUGUACCUGCUCGAGUUUUUGGAGAUAGCGAAAUGAAGGAUCAUGAACCUGCCCUGACGCCAUCAUCCAACAGCCAGACCUCUCACGGUGGUGGGCUGGCCGACGAUGGCGACGGCACCCUUCUUCUCGACGGCGGACAAUCGAAAUUCGUCUCUUCAUUGCACUAUGCCCUGCUUGCGGAGGAAAUCCAGGACAUCAAGGCCUUGCUUGGUGAUAAAACGGACGAAGAGCGGAAAGAAAUGCCACAGAGCAGUCUUGUCGAUUUGCUUUCGCUUGGACGAGCGGGCGCAGGAUCAAACCUGGACCAACUCUUACCAAGCUCCCAAGAGCAGCGAGAUACGCUUCUAGAUGUCUAUUUUGCCAACGUCGACCCGAUGGUGAGAAUUACCCACAAGCAAACUGUCGUGCGUAGGUAUUCGAUGUAUAUGCGCGAAACUCAUCCCAUGGCAUUUGCAAUCUGCUUCUCGGCUAUCAACUCCCUACCACCCAACGUAGUCCAGAGUCGCUUUGGCGAGACGAAAGAGGAACUCCUGGAUCGAUUCCAGCUGGGUAUUGAGAUCUCUCUAGCCAGAGAAAAUUACCUCACAACCUCAAGUCUAGAGGUCUUCCAAGGCUUCGUGCUGUGGUUGUCAUGCAUCACCAAGGAAGAAGACAUGGGCAAAGCUUGGGCGCUGCUCGGCAUCGCAACGCGUAUUGCGCUGAAUCAAGGGUUACACCGCGAUCCUUCUUUAUUCCCAGUCGGCUCAAUGGACGCCCUCACGAUAGAGCUUCGUCGUCGCAUAUGGUAUCAGCUGGGCCAUCUAGAGUUCCGCGCCGCUGAAUGUAAAGGACAAGAACCGAGUCUAUCUGAGGAUUACUAUACAACGCUGUUCCCGCGUAAUGUUGAGGAUGAAGAGCUUGUUGAUGGAGCAAGUCCAGGUCCCGCGCCAUACGACGAGGAAAGAUUCACACCCAUGACCUUUCAGCUCGUCAGGUACCAAGGUAUGGCGGCGCUUAGGCGGAUCAUUCGAAGCACGUACCAUCUGGAGCGGCGAAUGCUUGACUCGGGCUUGCAUGGAACAUCGAGACCCGAUCCUGCGCGAGAACUGCAAGACCUUUACGAACAAAUCAAGAAGAUGCUCGAUGAAGUGCAUGAAGAAUGCCACAGGAAGUAUCUGCGCUUUUGUAAUCCAGAGAUACCUAUGCAGAGACUAUGCAUGGGUUUGGCGUCACUACUCGAAUGGCGGUGCUAUCUGCUCUUCUGGCUUCGUAUGCCUAGAGCAUACAGGGAUGUAGUCUUUUCAAACGACAUUCGCAAAUCCAUCUUCGAAAAGUCCGUCAACUGCAUCGAAACGAUCAAUGGAGCGUCUGUGGACGUUGAUGCCGCUCGUUUCCAGUGGCACAUCGGUGGAGUCGCCUCAUUUCAAGCUAUCAUGCACGUACUGUCCGAGCUACGCAACCCAAUGUUCGAUAGCCCAGACCGGCAACGAGCGCUUAGGGCCCUACAGAUGUCACGCAUACUGCGCGAAAACAACGGUGCUAAAGCAUGGCUCGCCGUGAAAGCCAUGAUCGACAAAGCGAUUCAAGAGCACAGCAUGUCGCAAAGAACUCAGUCUCAGAGUUCGAGUACUUACGCUAGCCCAAGCGCGCCCAUUCCCACUGCCAUUCAGAACGAUGGCAAUGUUCAAGUCUACCCAGGGCAGAACCAGCUACCAAGCUACGCAAUCCAACCACCGCCGAUACCAUACGGCCGACUUCCAACCACAUCUCAACCCGUACAGGAGGACUUCCGCUACGUCCAGCCUAUAGGGCCUAUGCCAGAGCAGGUUCCGCCAAGCUGGGAGGACAUCAAUCUCAGCAACAUCAACAACAUUGUUGACAGCCAACCCACACCCGGUAUAGUACCAGAGUUUGAUUUCGGCUUCUGGGGCGAUCCCUUCAAUUAUGAAAACGAACCCAUUACCUUCCCGACAGAGGGCAGUUACUUCCCUCCUUGGACCGGUUAGCGAAAGCGAAAGUAUCCCUGAUCUGUAUCGAUACCCCAAUGAAUUUACGUUUGUGUUCCAUGCGCUAGAAUAGCCUUCCUUACCAGAAAUAAUGCCACAAGCUGAGUCAGCGUCAGCCAUGUCAAAAGCCCAAUAAAAACCCUCAAUGAUACAAGGAAGAUGGUUGUAGUUGCGGACUGGGAAGCAUGGCCAUCAAGAGGAUGUGUCACCCGGGCAUCCAAUCCGGUGCUCUCCUUCGUCGAGGACCUACAUCGGGCUAUCCCCGCUCACGUUCACAAACUUCCAAGCAUUGUCCCACUGGCUCUCUAGAUAUCGAUCUUAAAGAUAUGCAGUGUGUGUCCUGGGAGAGUGC